GGCGCAGUUGAAAGACGAGCGGAGAGCAAUAUCAGUGACACAGUGAGGUGGCCGGCCGGUCGCCGGAGAGAGUGAAAAGAUGGGGAGAUCUCCGUGCUGUGAGAAGAUGGGACUGAAGAAAGGUCCCUGGACCAAGGAAGAAGACCAAAUCCUCGUCGACUACAUCAGCCGACACGGCCAUGGCAACUGGCGAGCUCUUCCCAAACGAGCCGGUUUGUUGAGGUGCGGGAAGAGUUGCAGACUCCGAUGGAUAAAUUACCUGCGACCGGACAUCAAACGAGGAAACUUCAGCCAUGAAGAAGAAGACGCCAUUAUCAAGCUGCAUCAAGCUCUAGGAAACAGAUGGUCCGUGAUUGCUGCAAGAUUGCCGGGACGUACGGACAACGAAAUCAAGAACAUAUGGCACACCCGUUUGAAGAAACGGUUAAACGACUACGGUCUUGUUCCGCCGCAGCCCAGCUUGAAAUCCAAAUCCCAACCGUUGAAACCCUUCGCCAUGGAUCUCCAGACCCCGAGCUCUCCGCCGCAUUCCUCGACGACAACCUCGACCGACGUCCACGCAUCGUCCUACUGCAGCAUUUCCAGCCACUGCGUGGUCUCCGACGCGGUAUUAUUGCAGAGUGAUCUGCCGGAAGUCGACGAGAGUUUUUGGUCGCAGGUAUUUUCGUCGGAGAAUUCCAGUGAUGCCGGUGAUCUUCCGGCCACGGUUGACGGAGAGAGCCGCUUUGAUUCGACGAAGAACGAGACGUACGAGACCAAUUCCAGCGUAGAAUUCUGGCAUCGCCUUUUUAGUAAGACGGAGAACUUGCCGGUGUUGCCGGAACUUUGACACGCCGGUGUUACCGAUAGGUGUAAUAUUAAAUAUCUUAAAAAAUUUAACAAAAUAUAAAUAAAAAAUAAAAAAUAAAAAAUCAGAAACAAGCUUGUAAUUUUGUAAAUGGUGUGUCAUCUCUAGUAAGAGUCCAAUUUUACGAAUAUGACUCGAAAUAGCAUGGUUGAAAAAAUCGCUAGGCGCUCAUCGGGCGCUCGGGGAGCGCCUAGGGCGCCUAAGUGGGGAUUAAUCAGCGCUUAGGCGCCCGUGUAUUUUUUAUUUGUAAAAAAUUUAUUUAAUAUUUU